UCACAAGUGCUUCAGUUAGUGUGCGUGCGUGUGUGUGUGUGUGUGUGUGUAUGUGUGAUCACUCUUACUUACACUUUGUGCCUGGGAGAAAAGAGGAGCUGAUCCUUCCUGUUGGUUUGUCAGCGCAGGUAUGGAUGUUCCCGAUUCACCCCGUGGGAAUAUGGGACUGCUGAGGACCUUUGAUUCCUCCGAGUUCUGCAGCUGGGAGAAAAUCGGCUCAGGUGGAUUUGGACAAGUGUACAAAGUCCGGCACGUUCAGUGGAAAACGUGGCUGGCUAUCAAGUGCCCUCCUUGCCUUCAUGUGGAUGACAAGGAACGAUCAGAGCUGCUGGAGGAGGCCAAGAAAAUGGAAGCAGCCAAGUUCCGAUACAUCCUGCCCGUGUACGGUAUCUGCGAGGACUCCCAGGGUCUGGUUAUGGAGUACAUGGAAACGGGUUCCCUGGAAACCCUACUGGCUACAGAGCCGCUGCCCUGGGAGCUCCGCUUCCGUAUCGUCCACGAGACGGCCGUGGGGAUGAACUUCUUGCACUGCAUGAAGCCGCCCCUGCUCCACCUGGACCUGAAGCCUGCCAACAUCUUGCUGGACGCCCACUACCAUGUCAAGAUUUCAGACUUUGGCCUGGCUCGCUGGAACGGUCUGUCACGGGCAGAUGACAUCAGCAGAGACGGCUUCUGCGGCACCAUCGCCUACCUGCCGCCUGAAAGCAUCAUUGAGAAAGACCGAGUGUCCGACACCAAACAUGACAUAUACAGUUUUUCCAUUGUCAUCUGGGGCAUCCUCACUCAGAAGAAACCCUAUCAAGGAGAGAAUAACAUCUUGCAGAUCAUGGUGAAGGUGGUGAAAGGGGUGCGUCCAGAUCUUGGGUCAGUGCCGCGAAGCCGCCCUAGCGCCUGUACUGGCUUCAUGAGUCUAAUGCAACGAUGCUGGGCAACUAGUCCUGAGGCCAGACCCAGCUUCCAGGAGAUCACAUCCGAAGCUGAAGAGCUGUGCUGUAAACCUCAAGAGGAGCCCAAGACUCCGACCUUGUCAGCAUCGGAGUCGAAGCCUACUUCCUGCGACGAACUGUCCCUUCACCAGGUUAAAAACAGUAAGCCAGUACGUCCAAUCUCAGCCAUGCUGCCUGAUAAAGACUACAGUCUGUCCGAGCUGUUGACCCAGGUGGAUUCUGGGAUCUCGAGGAGCUUUGAUCGACUGAAGGAUGAUAGCUGCCACAGCAAAGAUAACACUUGCAAGAGGCUGUCUGGCAUGUCCUCUGCGGAUUCAGCCUUUUCUUCACAAGACUCGAUAACGCUCUCUUUUGAGAAGGAAAGCACCAUUGAUUCGGCUGAGCUCCACAAAAGGAAGUUAUGCGACGCGAUCAAAACCAAGGAUCUUACAAAGCUGAUGAAGAUCCUUCAGCCGCAGGAUGUUGACCUUGUCCUCGACGGAGGAGGCAGCCUCCUCCAUCACGCCAUCACCAUGGCCAAUGAGGAAGCUACCAAGUUCCUCCUGUUGAACAAUGCCAAUCCCAACCUCGCCAAUGCGCGUGGUUCCACCCCCCUCCACCUGGCCACUGAGAAGCACUUGAAGUCCCUGGCGGAACUUCUGCUCGGCCGGCGGAGCACCAAUGUGAAUGCCAAGGAUGAGGACCAGUACACGGCCUUGCACUGGGCGGCCCAGAAUGGCGACGAGGCCAUGACGCGCCUGCUGCUUGACCGCGGGGCGGCCAUCAACGAGACCGACGGUCAGGGGCGCACGCCUGCUCACGUCGCCUGCCAGCACGGCCAGGAGAAUGUCGUCCGUGUGCUGCUGAGCCGCGGCGCCGAUGUCCGAAUCAAGGGUAAGGACAACUGGACAGCGCUGCACUUUGCUGCUUGGCAGGGUCAUCUGGGAAUCGUGAAACUGCUGGUAAAGCAGGCGGGCGCGGGCGCAGACAUCGACGGCCAGACGAUGGACGGCCGCACGCCGCUGCAUUUAGCUUCCCAGAGGGGGCAGUACCGAGUGGCCCGAAUCCUCAUCGAACUGAAGGCGGACAUUCACUUGGAAACCUCUGAGUUAAACACGCCCUUGCAUGUAGCGGCAGAAACCGGUCACACCAGCACGUCCCGUCUCCUGAUCAAACACCACGCGGAUAUCCACGCCGAGAACAGCCAAGGAUUUACUCCUCUCCACUUGGCCGCCCGGAGGGGCCACCUGGCCACGGUCAAAAUGUUAAUAGAAGAGGGGGCUGAUCUUGAAAAACUCACCCGGGCCCAACGCAGCCCGUACCGUUUGGCGGCAGAGAGCGGACACUGUGCACUUCUGAAAGAACUGCUCCCUCACUGUCCAGAAGGGAGCGCUCUGUCCAAUGAGCUCAGCACGUUGCACCUGGCAGACGAGGGGGGAUACUUGCCAGAGGACCCCCGGGACUUAAUUAGCGACAGCUUGGCGCCGCCUGAGCCCGAGCGGCCACCAGAGGCAAAGUCACUCCAGAGGAGGGUCGUCAUUCUCAAACUGACUGAGCACAAAGGCAGUCCGCAGGCGACUACCUCACUGUGUGCACCAGCUUUGUGCUAACGGGAGCAAAGACACUGCUGAAACUGUAAAAAAACAUUUUAAAAUGUAUUUGAAUUAACUGCUGGUGCCCAUCUGGUGCUUAACAGUUGGGUAAUCAAUGGAGUAGAAUAUGCUAAACACCUGCUGUUGGCAUUUUAUCACGCUUAGAAAAGCUUCCAUGUAAAUAUGUUUAUUUAUGAUAACAUUUAGAAUUUUACUUUUGUACCCACUUUUUUACUGCGUACGCACAUUUGGUGAGAUGUAAUUCUGAUAUGGAAGCACAGAUUUGUAGAGUAGGUACCUUUUAAGUCUUGUAUCGUGGAACACAAACCUUUUGUUGUUGUUGUGUUAGAGGCAUUAUGGAUUUUAAGGUUUGAAAAUUUUCUGUGCCUGUUACAUAUCAGUGCUACAUCAAGGAAGCCAUUAAAAAAACCUUUAACCUUCA